UUUGAAUAUGACAACCCCAUCGACUCACAUAUUUCUACAAAGAAACAUACUCCACCACUACAAUACGGCAAAAAACCAGAAGGCUAUGGUCCAGUACAGCCAGGCUGUUCCUUCAACUGGGAAGAUGCAGACAGACAUCCAUGGGAGGGCUGUCUUAGCUCCUGCCCGGGCCGGGAUACAGAAGGGAACCUCUGCCAUUGACAAAAAAGAAGAACCUGAAGAGCCUCAGGAGUUAAACGUCAUGAAAGAGCAGAGAGAUGUCACUCUUCUUCAUGGACUAGAACCGCACAUUGGAUGCUGGGGUCAGGAACUUGUGGAUGAACAGGAACUAAUGUUGACCCAGGUCCUGGAUAACACCAAGAAUCCAAGAGACCACAUUGCAAUGGUGGACGACUUUAUUUUGACUCGCUCUGACUUUUGGAGUCUGGGUUUGGAACGGGAUGUUGAUGGGACGAUUCUUAACAGCUGUCUCAAGAUUGUCGAGAAGAGAGUGGACCAUGUUUUUGCAGCAAACAGCCAUAUCACUGCCACUUGGUUCCCACCAUUCUCAGCAAAUCCAAUGGACCACUUGCCGGACAAUGCAGCCAGCCUGCAGUGGAUAAUCAUCCCUGUUCACGUUCCCGGACACUGGAUUCUCUGUUUACUGAGGCCACAGGCCAGGGAGAUUUUCUUUCUUGACCCCCUAAGUGGCAGCCAUUGGAGAAAUGAGAGUAGAACUCAUCCACUCAGACACAUUGCACACCUCCUCUCCCCUGGGCCCUGGAGGACACUUGGUGGAAAUGAUGUUCCGGGUCUGGCAAAGCAAGGGUGCUCAAACAACUGUGGCAUCUUUGUUAUAAUGUACGCUCUGUACAUUGUCAUGGGGGCCAAAUGUGAUUUCAGGGAGGAAAACAUGCCGCAAAUAAGAAGAUGGUGGUGUCUUCUUCUAAUAACCAACUUUCCAAUGCCGUCUGAACAAGCCAGAAUGCUGGCCAGAAAAAGGCGCCGGAACGAGCGGAAACUGCAGGACUCAGAGGAUGCUCGCCUGAAGAAGAUGCGUUCUGAAUCCAUCUCAUUCGAGGAAGGUGACCUGAAGACCAGCGGCGUGACCGGAAGGAUUGAACAAGAAGCUUUACUUCACGACACCAUGAAGGCAGCCAAAUGGUGCAGAACUCAGUCAUUCAAAGGUAGACAUUCCCUGCCAGAUGUUGUAAAGAUGGACGAAAGAGAACAAAAGGAAACUCUCCAAGAACUCCAACACUGUGAAGAUGAGGACCGAUCCAUGGAGCUGAGGGAGCCGUUCAUGUUUUCUUUUCAGCUGAAGAGUGACUUUGAAGUGUUUUGUGCCGAAAUUAUGGAUGUGAAAAACCUAAAAGUUUAUGUCUGUUUUGAGGAGUAAUAAAUCCUAGUUUUUGCCA